CUUGGGAACGUAAUGUGUAUGUAUUUUGAUUUGACGUUAGUUAGCCAGCCAUGUUUGGUGGAAUUUGCUGCGAUCAAAAGCUAGAAUUUAAUAAGUUGUUCUCAUGUUUUCAACAAAGUAAGCAUCCUGAGUGUCAGUCAGUAUGAUUUGUUAGUGAAAAUGCAACCCGGAUCACUUGAGAAUCCAUCAUUCGUCUGGCAAAAGAGUUAAUAUUCGUCGACAACGAAUCGCGUCAAUGUAAGCCAUGAACGACAUGUCCGAAGACAUGAAUCGGACGGAGUUUGUAAACAAUCAACAGUCAAAGAGACAGUUGCAGAAGGAAGAGAAUAAGCUGAGUAGUAAAUCAAAAGAGAAAAGAGGAGAGAGAGAGGGUGCGCGAGAGAGAGAGAGGAAAGCCCCUCGAAUCGAGUCCUCUCUCGUGCGGGGGAACGGAACAAGAAGCCCCCCAACCGAGGCAAGCAAGCAAGGCAUUUGUCAAUCUUUCACAUUUGAAAUCCAGCCCAUAGCUCGUGAGUGGUAAAGCUAACAGCAGCAGCCACUGGCAGUAAAUCAGUUAGUCAUCGUAAAUAGUGAGUUCGUCGUAGCGCAGCGCAGCGCGGAGCAUAAGGCUACUAGGCUAAGUUAUCCCGAUAGCCCUUUUACACCCCGGUCUGGGAGCAAUAGAGAGCAGUCAUUUACCAGCAACUGGCGCACACACAAAAAGCAAGAAGAAGGGGAAAAAGAGGAGAGAAAGAAAAAGAGGAGUCACACGAAAAAGAAAAAGAAAAAAGAAAGAAAAUCCGCGCACGCGAC